AUGGGUAGCUUCACGAAGAAACUCCUAUCCCUGCGCUGGAACCCAGAUCCCCGCGCUACGCGGAGACGUAAGAGAACUGCACAAUUUCUACCAAUUAUCUUGAUCCAAAUCAACAUGGGUUCAUCGUCGCUGGUAUUGAUUUCAGGAAUUCUUCCAAAUAUCGAUACUAUGAACUACUUGUUAGAUUCAUUGUUUGAGACUGGGAGAGUUGAUACAGCUUUGGAUCUGUACAGAAGAUUGGAUAAAAAAGGAUGUAAUCCUAAUAGUAGGACUUUUGAGAUACUCAUUAGUAGUCUUGUUGCUAGGAAUCAAGUGGAAGAAUAG